AUCCGAUAGAGGGCAGGAUUACUGUCGGCGUUGUAGAAGUUGCCUUUGCUAAUAGAAAACCAAAUUGCAAUGUGGAAAAGCAGGACUGCUUCAACGUGUUUUGUGCUCUUUAAAUUGAAUUGAAAUCAUCAGAUGAAUGGUGGAUUUAACUGUUAUUUAGUGUUGUAGUCAACUAACAUAUUUUCCACAUACCGAAUCACAUUUUUUCACUCACUCACUUACACAUACACACAUUUACACACCACACAUACACACACGUUUAGACACACAUACAAAAUGGAAAAGGAGUUGAAAGACCUUUUUGAGGACGAUUUCUUGGAACCAUUGUCUGCGUUUUGUGAAAGUUUAGAAUCAAAUGAUAUUGACACAUUGUUAACCAAAUUUGAAGAAGAUGACCCUUUUAUCGACUUCGUGGAUGACAAUUUUUCUCUAUUUGAUGUUUCACUUAGUCCAUCAUUAGAAAAUGAAUUCUCUACUAGCAGCCACCAAUUUACUUCAAAUGUCCACCAAGAGAGGAGAAGAUCAUCAUCUAAUUCUAUCAGCACAAUUAAAGUAGCCGAUACUAAAGUCGAUUGUUCAUCUAGGUGUGGAAAUUGGAAAGUAGUUAAACAAGAAACCAAAGUGAUCUGUAGUAGUUCAAGGAAUGAUGUAAAGAAAGUGAAAAAGAAGAAGGUGACUGGAAUAUCACUACUCGCAAAGCCACCUAAAGUUAACAAGACAAAAAAACAAUUAAAUGGAACUAGGAUAUGUCCUACUAGGUUUGCUGCUUACUUUUAUCAACACCAUGAUUAUUGCUCUAAUCCUAAUAAGAUAGCGAAUAGUUCUGCAGAAGCAACAGCAUCAUCCCCUUAAUUAAAAAUCUCUUCCGCUAAAUACCCUUCUCCUAUCUAUUAUCUAUUUCUUCUUCUCUUGCUCUCUUUCCACUAUCUUCCUUCAAAAAAAAACAAAAAUGCUUGAUAAAAAAAAUUGCAACCAAACUUUGGCUAAAAAAUAUGUUUAUGUAUUUCUCAAGAAAAUAAUAAAAUGGCAUUGGUCUAAUUGCUUUAAAUACA